CGCCUGAUCACUUCACAAGACAUGUGCUAGCAUUAUUAGUACAGCGGCGACGCUGAGCAGAAUAUCUAGUGUUUCUUCUCUCUCUCUCUCUUUCUCUUUGUUUCUUCCACUAUAGCACGACCAGUAACCAUCAGUACCACAGCCUGAAUACACACCUCCGCACCAUGAGUGAGCUCAAGCAGCGCAAGGCUGCACCCUCGCCGACAGCGUCGACGUCUGCACCUCCCAAAUACGAUGCCUUCGUUCACGACCCCAACGGCAUCAUCCCGCCUCUCAAGCAUGGCGCCGCGAUGCAGGCCCUGCGCAUUACGGGCUUCGCCAUUUACUUCUUUUUAUGCUGUUGUGGUAUCCACGCAGCACAAAUGAUGGCACUGCCGCUUUUCUUUAUCAGCAAAGACUGGUUUCGGCCUUGGAUAGCCAUGACCAAGGCAUUCUUCGGACUGUUGAUCACUACUAUGACGCAGUGGUGGAGUCCUACUGUUGUUAGGGUUUCCGGAGACAAGAGUGUAGCAGGCUUGCUCAGGCAAGACGCGAGUGGGAUGUUGCAGACGGACUUUGGAAACAGAAUGGUGUUGAUCACGAACCACCAAUUGUAUACGGAUUGGCUGUAUCUCUGGUGGACAGCAUAUGCGAACGCGAUUCCUAUGCAUGGACACGUAUACAUUAUCCUCAAGGACUCUUUGAAGUGGAUACCUGCGCUAGGGCCAGGCAUGCAGCUUUUUGGAUUCAUCUUCAUGAGCCGGAAGUGGGCGACAGACCAGGACAGGAUGCGGUACAGGUUGCAGAAACUGAGGACCAGACGAUCGCCUCCAAUGGCUGGACAGACUGGAGAGGCGCAGCUAGACCCGAUGUGGCUAAUGAUCUUUCCUGAGGGCACCAAUUUGUCGGCAAACACGCGGGCUCGCUCCAAGAAGUUUGCAGAACAGUCUGGCAUCGAGGACAUGAGGCAUCAGGUCCUGCCAAGGAGUACUGGUUUACAGUUCUGCUUGCAGGAGCUUCAGGGCACUGUCGAGUAUCUGUACGAUGUCACGAUAGGGUACGAGGGAGUUCCGGCUGGGCGAUAUGGUGCCGAGAUCUUCACACUGCGCUCAGUCUACUUCCAGGGACGAACACCCAAGAGCGUGAACAUGCACUGGAGGAGGUUCAAGGUCUCAGAACUGCCACUUGACGAUAAAGAUGCAAUGCACAAGUGGGUGAUGGAUCGAUGGCGAGAGAAGGAUGAGCUUUUGGAUGUUUUCAUGAAGACGGGCAAGUUCCCCGCAGACAAAGAUGCCGUCCAUAUCGAAGGUGGCCCUGAGGACAGCUUCAAAACGCCCUACAUCAAUACAUCAGUCCAGAUGAGAAAUCCAAUCGAGUUUCUAUCAAUCUUUGGCCCAGUCGCUGCAGCAACAAUGGUCGGGAGGGUACUCGUGCAGAUUCUCGACAGGCUGUUUCCCAAAUAGAGAGGACGCGGUGCUACAGGACUUGCAGAGGGGGCGGACAUGUCGUUGAACUUCACAGUCAAUGGCAUACCCAAGGAGAAAUGUACAAAGUGACGAGAACCACGCAACAUCAUACCAUCGUACCUAGAGACUAGAUUGCCUCAUGAUUCGAACAUAGACGGAAA